CUUUUACAACGCAUAAAUUAUUAGCUGAGCCGGACGGCAGAACUGCCAAACAUUUUAUGUAACCUGUCUUUAUUUGAAGUUUCGAAAGCAAUCAUGGCCAGCAUUUGCCGAGUUUCUCCCGCAUUGAGACUCACAAAUGUGCUCAACAACUAUGCUCCGAGCUCGCUGACUCUGUACAGAAACAAUGCCACGGAGGCCCCCAAGAAACAAGAAAAGACAAAGUUUGGGCCCCUACAUGAUGACGAUAGAAUCUUCCAGAACCUGUAUGGUCGCCAUGAUUACAGGCUGAAAGGAGCUCUCAAACGGGGUACAUGGUACAAGACGAAAGAGAUUGUAAACAAAGGGGCUGACUGGAUCCUCAAGGAGAUUGUGACCUCCGGUUUGAGAGGCCGUGGAGGGGCUGGUUUCCCUUCCGGCAUGAAGUGGGGCUUCAUGAACAAACCCAGUACAGAUGGCCGUCCCAAGUACCUGGUGGUGAAUGCUGACGAGAGUGAGCCGGGCACAUGCAAGGACCGGGAGAUCAUGAGACACGAUCCACACGUGCUCCUCGAGGGAUGUUUGGUAGCUGGAAAGGCCAUGGGGGCUAGGGCAGCUUACAUCUAUAUUCGAGGAGAGUUUUACAAUGAAGCAUCCCAAGUGAAUGUUGCCAUUAAAGAGGCCUACGAUGCUGGUUUGAUAGGCAAGAACGCGUGUGGUACGGGGUAUGACUUUGACAUCUACGUACACAGGGGAGCAGGAGCCUACAUAUGUGGGGAGGAAACAGCUCUGAUAGAAUCUCUAGAAGGGAAGCAGGGCAAGCCUCGUUUGAAGCCCCCAUUUCCUGCCGAUGUUGGAGUGUUUGGUUGCCCCACCACUGUUGCCAACGUGGAGACGGUAGCUGUAGCACCCACUAUCUGUCGAAGGGGAGGGGAAUGGUUCGCUGGCUUUGGUCGCGAGAGGAAUCGUGGAACCAAGCUGUUCAACAUCUCCGGUCAAGUCAACAACCCCUGUACAGUGGAGGAGGAGAUGUCAAUACCUCUACGUGAGCUCAUUGAGCGCCACGCGGGGGGAGUCAUAGGAGGCUGGGACAACCUGGUGGCUGUCAUACCUGGGGGCUCAUCCACACCUCUUAUUCCGAAAUCGGUCUGUGACAACGUGCUGAUGGACUUUGAUGACCUUGUGAAGGUCAACUCUGCCCUCGGUACAGCUGCCAUUACAGUCAUGAACAAGGACGCUGACGUUGUACGCUGCAUUGCCAGACUCAUGCACUUCUACAAGCACGAAAGCUGUGGGCAGUGUACUCCAUGCAGGGAGGGGACAGGAUGGAUGAAUGUGAUGAUGCACAGAUUUGUUGAGGGCAAUGGCCGGCCUGAAGAGAUUGAUAUGCUGUGGGAGAUCAGCAAGCAGAUAGAGGGACACACCAUCUGUGCUUUGGGGGAUGGUGCAGCAUGGCCAGUACAGGGGCUGAUAAGGCAUUUCAGACCAGAGAUAGAGUCAAGGAUGGCAAAAUUCAACAAACUAAAGGCAAAGGCAUAGGGCUGGUGUGCUGAAAAGUGCAGAAAUAGGAACAUAAACCUUAACUAUUGACUGUUAGCUGUGAAGAAAUUAGUGUAGAUUUGUCAGUGUAUAUAUUUGAACCUGGACAUUCUGUCAAGUUGAUUUAUAUUUUAAAUUAAAAAAUGUUUGUUUCUAUGCGUAUCUUGAAAAAUAUGUAUUAAAUAUGUUAACUUGAGAAUUUUGUUGUGAGAAAAAUUAAAUAAAAGAAAAGAACAAU